AAAUUAUAGCUUCUCGUCUUUUCAAUUUCAAUUUGUGUUUUUCUGUUCGUGCAUUUAUAAUUCAUUUUACUUUAAAAAAUUCAGGGCAUAGUCAAACACUCCCCCCCAACACACACACACACAUGCCGCUGUAUGAACUCGUUUGCAUUUCCAGGUCGACAAUCACUCAGGAGAACAUGCGGAUGCUGCUGAAGAGGUCGGCAGAGACAGUGUUGGAUCGCGGAGGCGCCGUGCGUGGGUUUGUUAACAUGGGUAGAGAUCAGCCGCUGCCGUACCGCAUGAAGAGGCAUAUGGAGUAUCACACUCGCGGAUCGUUUUGGCUCAUGCACUAUUACUCGAACCCGAAUACGUCCAGUGUGUUGAUGAGCCAACUGAAGCUUGACCCGCGCAUUAUUAGGUGCAAUGUGGUCAAGGUUACAGACAAGUUGAGCGAGAUGGUUUCCGUCGGCGAGCGGGCGUAA